AUGUACGUGACAAGGCCUCUUUCGAUGUACAUAAAGUCUCCAGAGGCCCUCUUGCUGCCUCCACCAGAGGGUCCCAGCUCUGGGAUUUUGGUCAUUCUUGAUGAAGAAGCCGAGCCUACACGUUGUUUCAGCCUGUGCAAAACUGGUUACAUCAAGGACCUUCCUUUGCCUCAGAACAAGAGUCUAGAGCAUCGAUACACAACUGGCAUCGGAUUCGAGAGCUCCAGAUGGAUUUCCUCCAUUCUUUUUGGGAGUAAAAGGUGGAAAGUUUGUGCUGAGGCCUCCCCUGAAUUUGAGUUUGGAGAAGCACAACGCCUGGACACUACCCUCCAUGCCCGCUUACUAGAAUUCAACUUUUCAUUGACGAAUACGACCUCCAAUCCCGUGGUUCUGGGAAAGUGGUAUUGUCCCUUUAUAUUUAUUAAGGAAGGAACACCGAAAUCAUUGAAGGACAAAAUGAGUAAUUUGAUAUAUUAUGAGAUAACGCUCCAGCAGAAAUGGGAACAGAUAUUUGCUAGUGAGAAUAACGAUAGUCAAACUCAAGGCAACUCUGUGGCUGUGGAUGCUCUUGUUAAGAUAGAAGUGGUUAGAGUUGCCGGGUGGGAAGCUGUGAUUGAUGAGAGAAAUGUGGCUAAUGGGGUUUUGUGGUUCAGGAGUUGUAGCAAUUUGGGAGAAGAAGCCAGUGUGGCGUUGGGUCUAGCAGUGAUUGAAAGAAUGAAGUGGAAGCAGGAAAGGGUAGGGUGGAUUGGGGAAACAUAUGGAAAGCAAAUGAGAAUAGAGAGAUUAGAGGGGUUUGGGGGAACAGGUGGGUGGAAGAGAUUUGGUUGUUAUGUUUUGGUGGAGAGUUUUGUGUUGAAACGACUGGAUGGAACCUUGUUACUAACCUAUGAUUUCAAGCACACUCAGAUCAGGAGCAAAUGGGAAUGA